AUACGCUUUGUAUUUGGGCUACUAUUCAACAUUCCGGGCUGCCUCGUGGCGUCCUCGGCUGACACUGAUGCAGUGGAGUCAACGACGGCGAUCUCGACGUAUAUGCCGCUGAGAGGGCAGAGGGAAGCUGGCAGGGUAGUUGGCUUUGAUGUGAAGGGCAGGAG